UCCGUGUCCGGUUCUUUUGUUUCGGUUUGUUUCUAAGCAUCUUUCUGCUUGGAUGCAUUGUUUCCUGUUUCUGUGUGUAAUACUCGCCUGGACCUGGUUGGAAAUACUGCUUUUAAUCAGGGAUGUGUCGAGUUAUUUUAAUCAUCUCUAUGCAGUAGAUGUCAGUGUUUUCCCACUGUCUAUAUUGCGGGUUCUAUUCCCUGAACUGGCAUCAGUGCCACUGGAACGAAGGGGGCUGUGUUUUGUUACCCAGAAUGCAGCGAAGCCGUGUUGGAGCAGGCUGUGUUGUUGGGAUGUUCAGGAUUAAAGAUGGCCACCGGCAGAAGGAACAGGGACAGUAGCUACUCCAGCAUUUCAGCGUUAUUCAUCAUUGAUGGAUAAAAUGAAAACAGAAAGCCGUCAUUAACAAACAUACAAACAAACCUUCAUUCUCCCUGACCCCGAUCCCUGUGGAUUAAAAAAAAAAAAACUAAUCAAAACAAAACCACCGACUGCCUGUGCUGGCUCGCUUCUCAAGAUGAACAUGGUGAAGAGGAUCAUGGGGCGGCCCCGGCUGGAGGAGUGCAGCCCGCAGGACAACGCACUGGGCCUCAUGCACCUGCGCCGCCUCUUCAGUGAGCUCUGCCACCCGCCGCGCCACAUGAGCCAGAAAGAGCAGGAGGAGAAGCUGUACAUGAUGCUGCCUGUCUUCAACAGGGUGUUUGGCAAUGCGCCCUCAAGUACAAUGACAGAGAAGUUCUCUGACAUCCUCCAGUUUACAACACAAGUAUCACGAUUAAUGGUCACCGAGAUCAGAAGGCGGGCAUCUAACAAAUCAACAGAGGCUGCCAGUCGGGCCAUCGUUCAGUUUCUGGAGGUGAAUCACAGUGAGGAGGCGAGUCGAGGCUGGAUGCUGCUCACCACCAUCAACCUGCUGGCAUCAUCGGGACAGAAAGCGGUGGAUUGCAUGACCACAAUGUCGGUGCCGUCCACACUGGUGAAGUGCUUGUACCUGUUCUUUGACCUCCCUCACGUGCCGGAGGUACCCGGAGCUGCCCAGACCGAGCUGCCCCUCGCGGAACGCAGGGCUCUGCUGCAGAAAGUCUUUGUGCAGAUCCUGGUGAAGUUGUGCAGUUUCGUGUCCCCAGCAGAAGAGCUUGCACAGAAAGAUGACCUGCAGCUGUUAUUCAGUGCAAUAACAUCAUGGUGUCCUCCCCACAAUCUGCCUUGGAGGAAGAGCGCAGGGGAAGUGCUGAUGACAAUAUCACGGCAUGGCCUCAGUGUUAAUGUAGUCAAGUACAUUCACGAGAAAGAAUGUUUGGCCACAUGCAUUCAGAACAUGCAGCAGUCAGAGGACCUUUCAUCCCUGGAGAUAGUGGAAAUGUUUGCUGGGCUGUCCUGCUUUCUGAAAGACUCCAGUGAUGUAUCACAGACAUUGCUGGAUGAUUUCAGGAUGUGUCAGGGAUACACUUUCCUUUGUGAUCUAAUGCUGAGGCUGGAGCAAGCAAAAGAGGAUGAUUCCAAAGACGCUCUGAAAGACUUGGUUAAUGUGGUCACUUCCCUGACAUUGUACGGGGUGACUGAGCUCAAACCUGCUGGCAUCACCACGGGGGUACCGUUUCUCUUGCCAGGGUUUGCUGUGCCACAGCCAACAGGAAAAGGCCACACUGUGCGGAACAUCCAAGCCUUCUCUGUGCUUCAGAACGCCUUUCUCAAAGCGAAAACCUGUCGCCUCACCAGAAUCAUCCUGGAUGCAAUUUCAAACAUUUACAUGGCAGACAAUGCCAAUUACUUCAUCCUGGAGUCCCAGCACACUUUGUCGCAGUUUGCAGAAAAGAUGUUGAAGAUGUCGGAGGUGCAGACCAAAUAUUUUGAGCUGUUGGAGUUUGUGGUUUUCAGUUUGAACUACAUCCCCUGUAAAGAGUUGUUCAGUGUGAGCAUGCUGCUGAAGUCCAGCUCCUCUUACCAGUGCAGCAUGGCAGCGACGCGGACCCUGCUGAAGUUCAGCCGCCACGACCCCCUCUUCAGAGACGUGUUCAGAGAGGUGGGGCUGAUGGAGGUUCUGGUGAACCUGCUGCACAAGUACGCUGCGCUGCUGAAGGACCCCACACAGGGGUUGAACGAGCAAGUAGAUUCUAAUAAUAGCUUAAUGGAGGACCAAAAGCAGUUGGCAUGGCUGGUGAUGGAGACCUUAACAGUGCUUCUGCAAGGGUCCAACACAAAUGCAGGUGUUUUCAGGGAGUUUGGCGGUGCCAGGUGUGUCCAUAACAUUGUGAAGUACCCCCAGUGCAGGGAGCAUGCUCUGCUGAUUAUCCAGCAGCUGCUGCUGUCCCCCAGUGGAGAUGAUGACAUGGGCACUCUGCUAGGGUUAAUGCACUCAGCACCACCCACAGAACUGCAGCUCAAAACCCAUAUACUCAAGGCCCUUCUCGCUGUCUUGAGAGAGAGUCACCGCACCAGGACAGUGUUCAGAAAGGUUGGAGGGUUUGUUUAUGUCACCUCUCUGCUGGUUGCCAUGGAGAGGUCCUUGUGUUCUCCCCCUAGGAACGGCUGGGAGACAGUCAACCAGAAGCAGUUGUUUGAGCUGCUGCACACAGUGUUCUGCACGCUGACUGCUGCCAUGCGCUAUGAGCCUGCCAACUCCCACUUCUUCAGCACAGAGAUCCAGUACGAGAAGCUGGCAGACGCAGUGAGGCUGCUGGGCUGCUUCUCAGACUCCAAGAAAAUCUCCCCGGCAACGGUCUUCCCAUCAAACUCUCAACCCUUCCAGAGGCUGCUUGAAGAGGAGCUCCUCCCAGGGGACAGUGUGUCUCCCACUCUGAGGCACUGCAGCAAGCUCUUCAUCUACCUGUACAAGAUGGCCACGGAUUCCUUUGACAGUCGUGCUGAGCAGGUGCCUCCUUGCCUGACACACGAGACCUCCCUCCCCUCCCCAUGGGGGACCCCAGCUCUGCCCAGGAAAAGACACGGCUAUCACUUAGUGUCGGCCCCGGGGCCCGUCCUUCCUCUGAAGCAAGUCACUGAGCUGAAGCUGCACUCUGGAGAUGCACCCCUGCACUCCCCUGAUGCUGUCGUCAUCCACCCUGGAGCGGUGCUGGCCAUGCUGGACCUCCUGCCCUCUGUCAGCUGUGACACCCAACCCGAGCACGCCCUGGACCUCCAGCUGGCAGUGGCUAACAUCUUGCAGCUGCUGGUUCACACAGAGAGGAAUCAGCAGAUGCUGUGUGAGGCAGCCCUUCACUCCAGACUGCUCCAGCGGUGCAGUGCUGCCCUGGCUGACGAGGACCACCCCCUCCACCCCCCACUGCAGAGGAUGUUCGAGAGGCUGGUCUCGCAGGCCUUGCAGCCCAUGGUCCUGAGGGAAUUUCUCCGCCUGGGAAAUCCGUUGAACUGUGGUGCCUGGGACAAGAAGCUAUUGAAACAGUACCGAGUCCACAAGCCCAGUUCUGUAUGGUAUGAAGCUGAAAUGAGAAACAGUAUGACCUUGUCCAUGGAGGGCCCGGACAGCGUGUUCGCUGUGAAUGAAGAUAAUAACCACUAUAGGAUAAGCAGGAGUCUGGUGAGGUCAGCAGAAGGAAGCACAGUGCCUCUGACCAGAGUGAAGUGCCUGGUCUCCAUGACAACCCCACAUGAUAUCAGGCUUCACGGCUCAGCAGUCACCCCGGCCUUUGUGGAGUUUGACACGUCUCUGGAAGGGUUUGGCUGCCUCUUCAUGCCAAGUUUGGCUCCACAUAAUGCUCCUUCGAAUAAUAUCCCUGCAUCUGGAGUCAGUGAUGGGGCUGUUGUCAGUGGAAUAGGAAAUGGUGAAAGGCUGUUCCCACCUCCGUCUGGCCUAACCUACACCUCGUGGUUUUGCAUUGAGCGCUUCAGCACUCCUCCUAAUCACCACCCUGUGCGGCUCCUCACUGUGGUGCGAAGGGCCUCCUCCUCAGAGCAGCACUACGUGUGCCUGGCCAUCGUCCUCUCCGCAAAGGACAGGUCCCUCACCGUGUCCACCAAAGAGGAGCUGCUGCACAAUUAUGUUGAUGACUUCAGCGAGGAAUCCUCUUUCUACGAGAUCCUUCCCUGCUGUGCUCGUUUCCGCUGUGGUGACCUCAUUAGUGAGGCGCAGUGGCAUCACCUAGUGUUGGUGAUGAGUAAGGGCAUGCUGAAGAACAGCACAGCCACACUCUACAUCGAUGGGCAGCUGGUAAACACUGUCAAGCUCCACUAUGUCCACAGCAGCCCUGGAGGCUCUGGCUCCACAAAUCCCCCGGUGGUCAGCACGGUGUACUGCUAUGUCGGCUCUCCCCCUGCCCAGCGCCAGCUCUCCACACUGGUGUGGCGCCUCGGACCCACACUCUUCCUGGAGGACGUCCUGCCUGCUUCCAGCGUCUCCACCAUUUAUGAACUGGGACCAAACUACGCCGGGAGCUUCCAAGCAGUCUACCUCCCAGGUAAAGACUCCAAGGCUGAAGCUGCUGCCCCCUGCCCUGUGGCCCUGGUGCCUGAGGAGAAGGUUUCCUUUGGGCUCUCUGCACUCUCUGUGUCUGCGCUCACUGUGGCCAAGAUCAGGAAAGUGUACAACAAGCUGGACGGCAAAGCCAUCGCUAAGCAGCUGACCGUUUCCUCCCAUGAAAAUGCUACCCCAGUCAAGCUGUUGCACAACUCUGCAGGGCAUCUAAAUGGACCAGCGCGCACUAUUGGGGCUGCCGUCAUUGGGUACCUAGGAGUGAGAGAAUUUGUUCCUAAACCAGUUGCAACGAACCUGCAGUAUAUCGGGGGAGCUGCAGCCACCCUUGGCCUGGUUGCCAUGGCAUCGGAUGUUGAGGGACUGUAUGCUGCAGUAAAAGCUCUGGUGUGUGUGGUGAAGAGCAACUCUCUGGCCAGCAAGGAGAUGGAAAGAAUCAAAGGCUAUCAGUUACUUGCAAUGCUGCUGAAGAAGAAACGCCCCCUUCUGAACAGCCAUAUUCUCCAUCUCACCUUCUCCCUGGUGGGUACAGUGGACAGCGGCCAUGAGACCUCCAUCAUUCCUAAUUCCACUGCCUUCCAAGAUCUGCUCUGUGAUUUUGAGGUCUGGCUUCAUGCUCCAUAUGAACUGCACCUGUCCUUGUUUGAGCACUUCACUGAACUUCUUACAGAAUCAAGUGAGGCAGAUAAAAAUGCCAAGUUACUGAGAGAGUUCCAGCUGAUCCCCAAGUUGCUGCUCACGCUAAGAGAUACCUCCCUGUCCCAGCCCACCAUUGCAGCCAUCAGUAAUGUGCUCAGUCUUCUGCUCCAGGGCUUUCCAAACAGCAAUGAUGUACUCAGGUUUGGUCAGUUCAUUUCCUCAACACUGCCCACCUUUGCAGUCUGUGAAAAGUUUGUGGUAAUGGAGGUCAAAAACGAUGAAAUGGUAGAUGGAGGAAAUGAAGAUGAUUUUGGGGGGCUUCUUUCUGCUAACCUCAUCUUGUUAAGGAACUGUCUGCUGGACAUCUUACUGAAACUGCUGUUCACCUCGAAGGAGAAGGUCACUGUUAAUGCACAAGCCUGUGAGGACCUGGUGAAGAUCCUGGGUUUCGAUUGGCUCCUGAUGUUCAUGGAGGAGCAUCUUCACUCCAGCACAGUCACCGCUGCCAUGAGGAUCCUCGCAGUCCUGCUCAGCAACCAGCCCAAUCUCACCCGCUUCAAGGAGGGGCUCACAGGGGGAGGCUGGCUGGACCACACCGACUCUGUGCUUACCAACAAGAUCGGCACUGUACUAGGUUUCAAUGUUGGUAGAAGUGCAGGUGGUAGAUCCACAGUGCGGGAGAUUAACCGCGAUGCUUGUCACUUCCCGGGCUUCCCUGUUCUUCAGACCUUCUUACCCAAACAUACCAACGUCCCCGAGCUGUACUUCCUGUUGAUGGCCCUGUUCCUGCAGCAGCCAGUCGCUGAGCUGCCUGGGAACCUGCAGUUUGAUCUAGACUCCAUCUGGACAUUUAUUUUUGGAGUUCCUGCUUCCAGUGGACCUGCGGUGGGAUCGAUUCAUAAUGUUUGCACUGAGGCUGCCUUCUUACUGCUCGGGAUGCUCAGAAGCAUGCUCAAUCUACCAUGGCAGUCUGAGGAGGAGGGGUCCUGGCUGCGGGAGUACCCAGUCACUCUCAUGCAGUUCUUCCGGUAUCUCUAUCACAAUGUUCCAGAUCUAGCUCCAAUGUGGAUCAGCCCCGAAUUCCUCUGUUCGCUGGCAGCCACAGUCUUCCCUUUCAACAUCCGGCCCUAUUCAGAGAUGGUCAGUGAUCUAGAUGAUGAAGUUGGCUCUCCUGCAGAAGAGUUUAAAACCUUCACUGCCGACACUGGCAUGAACCGCAGCCAGUCUGAAUACUGCAAUGUGGGGUCAAAGACCUACCUGACCAACCACCCGGCCAAGAAGUAUGUGUUUGACUUCAUGAGGGUCCUCAUCAUGGACAACCUCUGCUUGACACCAGCCAGCAAGCAGACUCCCAUUAUUGACCUUCUGCUGGAGGCUUCACCAGAAAGGUCAACUAGAACCCAACAGAAAGAGUUUCAGACUUCCAUUGUGGACAGUGUGAUGGAGCACCUGCUCGCCGCUGAGGUCCUGCUGGGGGAAGAUGCCUCUCUGCCCAUCACGAGUGGAGGAAGUUACCAGGUCCUGGUGAACAAUGUGUUUUAUUUCACUCAGCGAGUCGUGGACAAACUGUGGCAGGGCAUGUUCAACAGGGAGUCCAAGGUGGUCGUAGACUUCAUCAUUCAGCUCAUUGGACAGUCUAAGAGAAGAUCUCAAGGUCUGUCGCUGGACUCCAUCUACCACGGCCUGAACAGGACCAUCCUCUAUCAACUUUCCAGACCCCACAAGACUGUCCCGCAGCAGGUGGCUCUCCUGGACUCGCUCCGGGUCCUCACCGUCAACAGGAACCUCCUUCUGGGCCCCGGGAACCACGAUCAGGAGUUCCUGGGCUGCCUGGCGCACUGCUUCAUCAGCCUCCAUGCAGGGAGCAGUGUGGAUGGAUUUGGCUUGGAGGCAGAAGCUAGAAUGACAACGUGGCACAUCAUGAUGCCCUCUGACGUUGAACCAGAUGUCCUUCACAAUCAAGAUGUUAGUGAAGGACGGCAGCUUCUGCUGAAAGCAGUGAACAGAGUGUGGACAGAGCUCAUUCUCAGUAAGAAGCAGGCACUGGAGGAUAUAUUCAAAGUGCCUCUGCCCACAAACGAUCGCGGGCACAUUGACAUUGCCACAGCCCGAGUACACAUUGAGGAGGCUGCUGUGAAGAACUGGCAGAACUACCUGGCCCAUGAGAAGAAGUGCAUUAGCAGAGGCGAGGCUAUCGCUCCAGUCGCACAGUCCAAGCUGUCCAGAGUCAGCAGUGGCUUCGGUCUUUCCAAGCUCACUGGAUCGAGGCGCAACAGGAAGGAGAGUGCAUUAAACAAGAAUAACCUCUCUGCUCAGGAGACGUUUCAGUGGAUGUUCACCCAUAUUGCUGUUGUGCGGGAUUUGGUGGCCAUGCAGUAUAAAGAAUAUCAAGAGCGACAGCAGAAUGCUCUGAAGUACGUCUCUGAGGAGUGGGCUCAGAUUGAGUAUGAACUCCUAAGGGAGAGGGGCCUGUGGGGGCCACCCAUCGGGUCCCACCUGGACAAGUUUCUGCUGGAGAUGACUGAAGGGCCUUGCCGCAUGAGGAAGAAGAUGGUUCGCAAUGACAUGUUUUACGUCCACUACCCCUGCGUACCAGACAACGAUCAGGAGACCAGCAAUGUGAAACCGACCCGCUACCGAAGAGCGGUAAGUUAUGACAGUAAAGAGUACUUCAUGCGGCUGCUGUCUGGAAACCCUGGCAUGUAUCAGCACUCCAUGGAGCAGACUGCAGUGAGGGAGACCACUCAGCAUGAGCACGAGCAUGGGGAGGAUACCAUCGCCAAGGUCAAAGGGCUUGUGAAGCCCCCUCUGAGGCGUUCCCGCUCCACGGCCGAGGGGCCGGACGAGGACAGCCAGGACCAGAUGCAGGAUCAGCUCCUGGAGGCUGGUGCGAUGGACGAGGAGGAGAAGACCAACAACAGCACCCUGCUGCGGCUGCUGGAGGAGGGGGAGAAGAUUCAGCAUAUGUACAGAUGUGCGCGAGUUCAAGGGCUUGACACCAGCGAGGGCCUUCUGUUAUUUGGAAAAGAGCAUUUCUAUGUGAUUGAUGGCUUCACAAUGACAGUCACCAGAGAGAUCAGGGAUAUUGAGACGCUGCCCCCAGACAUGCAUGAAGCUAUUAUUCCCAGAGGGGCCAGGCAAGGUCAAAGCCAGCUCAAGAGAACCUGCAGUAGUUUUGCUUAUGAAGACAUCAAAGAAGUGCACAAGCGAAGGUACCUCCUGCAGCCCAUUGCAGUCGAAGUAUUUUCAGGUGAUGGUCGAAAUUACCUCUUGGCAUUCCAGAAAGGGAUUAGAAAUAAAGUGUACCAGAGGUUUCUGGCUGUUGUACCUUCACUGGCUGACAGUUCAGAGUCGGUUUCUGGUCAGCGCCCGAACACCAGUGUGGAGCAAGGCUCUGGUCUGCUGAGUACAUUGGUUGGAGAGAGGUCUGUGACACAGAGAUGGGAGAGAGGAGAGAUCAGCAAUUUCCAGUACCUGAUGCAUCUGAAUACAUUGGCUGGCAGGUCCUACAAUGACCUCAUGCAGUACCCAGUCUUCCCAUGGAUCCUUGCCGACUAUGAUUCAGAGGAACUUGAUCUCACCAAUCCCAAUACUUUCCGAAACCUGGCUAAGCCAAUGGGAGCACAGACUGAUGACAGGCUGGCCCAGUAUAAGAAGAGAUUCAAGGACUGGGAGGACCCUACUGGUGAAACUCCAGCCUAUCAUUAUGGGACACACUACUCCUCUGCCAUGAUUGUGGCUUCCUAUCUGCUUAGAAUGGAGCCUUUCACCCAGAUCUUCUUAAGACUGCAGGGUGGGCACUUUGACCUUGCUGACAGAAUGUUUCACAGUGUGCGAGAGGCCUGGUAUUCUGCAGCAAAACACAACAUGGCCGACGUCAAGGAACUCCUCCCUGAAUUCUUCUAUCUUCCCGAGUUUCUCCUGAACUCCAACAACUUUGACCUAGGUGCUAAACAGAAUGGCACCAAGCUGGGGGAUGUGAUUCUGCCCCCAUGGGCUAAAGGGGACCCAAGAGAGUUCAUCCGCGUUCAUCGAGAGGCACUGGAGUGUGACUAUGUCAGCGCACACCUGCAUGAAUGGAUAGACCUGAUCUUCGGUUACAAACAGCAGGGCCCUCCGGCAGUGGAGUCUGUGAAUGUCUUUCAUCACCUCUUCUACGAGGGCCAGGUGGACAUCUACAACAUCAAUGAUCCGCUCAAGGAGACGGCUACCAUAGGAUUUAUUAACAACUUUGGGCAGAUACCCAAACAGUUGUUUAAGAAGCCUCACCCACCCAAGCGAGUUCGGAGCAGGUCCAAUGGAGAUGUCCCAGGGAUGCCAGCCUCUGGGGGCUCUGCUGGGGACAAGAUCUUCUUCCAUCACUUAGACAACCUGAGGCCUUCACUGGCCCCUGUGAAAGAACUCAAGGAGCCAGUGGGACAGAUCGUGUGCACAGACAAAGGCAUCCUGGCCGUGGAACAGAACAAGCUUCUCACUCCCCCAGCCUGGAACAAGACCUUCGCCUGGGGCUACGCUGACCUCAGCUGCAGGCUGGCACAUUACGAGUCUGACAAGGCUGUUACUGUGUACGAGUGCCUGUCUGAAUGGGGUCAGAUCCUCUGCGCUAUUUGUCCGAACCCAAAGCUGGUCAUUACUGGAGGGACAAGCACUGCAAUCUGUGUGUGGGAGAUGGGAACUUCAAAAGAGAGGGCAAAAACACUCACACUGAAACAGGCACUGUUGGGCCACACAGAUGCUGUGACAUGUCUUACAGCCUCCUCAGCCUAUCACAUCAUUGUUAGUGGAUCUCGGGACCGGACCUGUAUCAUCUGGGACCUGAAUAAGCUGUUGUUCGUCACCCAGUUGCGAGGCCACAGGGCGCCGGUCUCAGCGCUCUGCAUCAAUGAGCUGACGGGUGAUAUUGUCUCUUGUGCUGGCACCUACAUCCAUGUGUGGAGCAUCAAUGGAAGUCCCAUUGUGAGCGUUAACACCUUCACAGGAAGAAGCCAGCAGAUCCUGUGCUGCUGUGUAUCCGAGAUGAAUGAAUGGGACACCCAGAAUGUGAUAUUAACAGGACAUUCUGACGGAGUGGUCCGGUUCUGGAGGAUGGAGUUUUUGCAGGUUCCAGAGACCCCUGCUCCAGGGCCAGUGGAGGUUCCAGAUAUACCUGACUGCUGUGCAGAUGACAAGAUAGAGGGAAGGGAAGCGCAGGAUGAGGAGAGCAGCGACUCUGAUGCUGACGACCAGAGCAUUAGUCAGGAGGCCAAACCCCAACCUUGCCAGAGCCAGCCUGGCAGUGUCGUCCAGAGGCCCAAAGGAGCAGGGGGCAAGGCAGCCCCCUCCUGGUCUGCAGACAACGACUCAGACAACUCUCACCGCUGGUCAGACCACCUCAGCUUGGAUGAGAAAGAUGGCUUUGUCUUUGUGAAUUACUCUGAGGGUCAAACCAGGAUCCCAGUGCAGGCCCUCCCAGUACAACCCCAGCCCCAGCCCCAGCCCCCUCCCCAGCCCCAGCCCCCUCCCCCUCAACCUCUACAGCACAGGCCUGGACCUUACAACACACUGAGACCAGGGUACAGAUGGGAGCGCCAGCUGGUCUUCAGAAGCAAGCUGACGAUGCACACUGCGUUCGAUCGCAAAGACAAUGCCCAUCCAGCCGAGAUCACAUCUCUUGGAAUCUCCAAGGAUCACAGCAAGGUCCUGGUGGGGGACGGCCGGGGCAGGGUGUUCUGCUGGUCAGUGAGUGACCAGCCUGGCCGCUCUGCUGCAGACCACUGGGUGAAGGACGAGGGAGGAGACAGCUGCUCCGGCUGCACACUGCGCUUCUCCCUCACUGAGAGGCGCCAUCACUGCAGGAACUGUGGACAGCUCUUCUGUCAGAAGUGCAGUAGAUUCCAAUCUGAGAUCAAGCGUCUAAAAAUCUCCUCCCCAGUCAGAGUGUGUCAGAACUGUUACUACAACCUACAGCACGAGCGGGGGCCAGACGAGGGCUCCAGGAUCUAGAGCUGAGAGAGAGAGGAGGGCUCCAGGAUCUAGAGCUGAGAGAGAGAGGAGGGCUCCAGGAUCUAGAGCUGAGAGAGUGAGGAGGGCUCCAGGAACUAGAGCUGAGAGAGAGAGGAGGGCUCCAGGAACUAGAGCAGAGAGAGAGGAGGGCUCCAGGAACUAGAGCAGAGAGAGCAGGGCUCCAGGAACUAGAGCUGAGAGAAAGGAGGGCUCCAGGAACUAGAGCUGAGAGAGGAGGGCUCCAGAAACUAGAGCUCAGAGAGAGAGGAGGGCUUCAGGAACUAGAGCUCAGAGAGAGAGGAGGGCUUCAGGAACUAGAGCUCAGAGAUAGCAGGGCUCCAGGAACUAGAGCUCAGAGAGAGGUGGACCCCAGGAACUAGAGCUCGGAGAGAGCAGGGCUCCAGGAACUAGAGCUAAGAGAGAGCAGGGCUCCAGGAACUAGAGCUCAGAGAGAGGAGGGCUCCAAGAACUAGAGCUCAGGGAGGAGGGCUCCAGGAACUAGAGCUCAGAGAGCAGGGCUCCAGGAACUAGAGCUCAGAGAGAGGAGGGCUCCAGGAACUAGAGCUCAGAGAGAGGAGGGCUCCAGGAACUAGAGCUCAGAGAGAGGAGGGCUCCAGGAACUAGAGCUCAGAGAGAGGAGGGCUCCAGGAACUAGAGCUCAGAGAGCAGGGCUCCAGGAACUAGAGCUCAGAGAGAGGAGAGCUCCAGGAACUAGAGCUGAGAGAGGAGGGCUCCAGGAGCUAGAGCUCAGAGAGAGGAGAGCUCCAGGAACUAGAGCCAACCCCACCCCUCAAGGCACCUGAAUGAGAGGGAGGAGGAGAGUGAGAUUCUGGACAUUCACAUACAUUUCUUUGUACUGUGUAUAAAGCACUGAUUUAGAAAAGGGAUCACUGAUUGUAUUAAAAUGUGUUAAAUGUCUGUAUGUGGCAGGUUUGGGUCCAGUAGGAUUGGAUGGUUUUAAACAAUAACGCACUCGUUUCUUCUUCCCCUUAUUGUCUUUGCUUUUUUUGUCUUGACAUCAGUUCUACCUGAAAAUCUUCAAAGAACACUGGCUUUUUAGAUUUUAGAUAUACACUAUAUUUGGGCCUCCUUGAAAAAUAAAAUUAAUUUGUUUAUAUUGUAAAUAAACACAAUGGCCUUUUUAACUUGACAAAUUUAUUAAAAAUGUUGCCUGUUACUAAGAAUUCUGUCAAAACGCUAUUUGCUUUAAAAAAAAAAAAAAAAAAAAGGAAAAAAAUAUGAAAAAAGAACGUCAGCUGAUGCCGCUAUAUAGAAAAUGUGGGCAGAAAAAAACACAACAAUGAAUGUUUACAUGUUAAUUCCAUUCUGAGUGUAUUUUAUGUGGAUUAAAUGUCAUGAAUUGUUACCUGUUGUUUUACUACAUUGAUUUUGUUAAAAUAUUGCCCACAGUAUCCUGGAGUCUGUUUCCAAUGAUGACUGUUCAGUGUGUAGACAGUAGUUUAGAACCAAUAGACUUUCAAUUAUAUAAACCACUAAGUAAUAGCAUUCAGAAUUAAAAAACAUCAGUACAUACACAGGAUGAUAAUGUUGUUUUCAGGAUAGUUCUGAUCCAGUUUCUUUGUUUAUUUUAAACAAUGUUACAUUACGUGACCUUUCGCAAACAUAUCAUUCCAACUUAUCCUGCUUGUUACUUAGCCUUAAGAUGCUUUGCAUAUUGCAGCAGUUCAAGCAAAGACAUCUCUCAAGAAAUGGUAGCAUUGAGACUUGCAAGAAGGUACAAAGCCUUCCACAGGAACACAGCGUUCCCUGAUAGCAUUGAGACUCACUGACUUCCAUAGGAACACAGCGUUCCCUGAUAGCAUUGAGACUCACUGACUUCCAUAGGAACACAGCGUUCCCCGAUAGCAUUGAGACUCACUGACUUCCAUAGGAACACAGCGUUCCCUGAUAGCAUUGAGACUCACUGACUUCCAUAGGAACACAGCGUUCCCUGAUAGCAUUGAGACUCACUGACUUCCAUAGGAACAGCGUUCCCUGAUAGCAUUGAGACUCACUGACUUCCAUAGGAACACAGCGUUCCCUGAUAGCAUUGAGACUCACUGACUUCCAUAGGAACAGCGUUCCCUGAUAGCAUUGAGACUCACUGACUUCCAUAGGAACACAGCGUUCCCUGAUAGCAUUGAGACUCACUGACUUCCAUAGGAACACAGCGUUCCCUGAUAGCAUUGAGACUCACUGACUUCCGUAGGAACAACGUUCCCUGAUAGCAUUGAGACUCACUGACUUCCAUAGGAACACAGCGUUCCCUGAUAGCAUUGAGACUCACUGACUUCCAUAGGAACACAGCGUUCCCUGAUAGCAUUGAGACUCACUGACUUCCAUAGGAACACAGCGUUCCCUGAUAGCAUUGAGACUCACUGACUUCCAUAGGAACACAGCGUUCCCUGAUAGCAUUGAGACUCACUGACUUCCAUAGGAACACAGCGUUCCCUGAUAGCAUUGAGACUCACUGACUUCCAUAGGAACACAGCGUUCCCUGAUAGCAUUGAGACUCACUGACUUCCAUAGGAACACACCGUUCCCCGAUAGCAUUGAGACUCACUGACUUCCAUAGGAACACAGCGUUCCACCUCUUUAACUGACAUGCAGGCUAUUGUGUGCACUGAUGUCUCCUCUCUGCUUGUUUGAAGGGUAGCUUGUUUAUUGUAAGUUCUAGGAAUGCAUUCUGUUUGCUAGCAAUGGAACUGGCAUGUAGAUAACUUGGUGGUUUUGGUGACUACACUAGAAUGUAAGACCUUUGAUGUGAUGUCCGUCUGUAAAUACGCUGUGGCUCUCUUCCCAUUACUGGUCUCCUCAUCAAAUCCAUUGUCUUCACUUGUUAAAUAUCAAGUCUGUUUAGAGCUGUUCAUUUUUUUUUAAUUGGUUCCAAACGUGUGAGGAUAGCCAGGACCCUUUAUCCGUUUACUGUGGCGUCUUUUGUUCAUCAAUAGUUUGAUGAUGUUCUUGCACUAUUAUAUCACUAUCCCUCUAAGCUAGAAGGUUGCUUUCUUUUAGGUACUCUGGGUAACAAUAGUUCUAUGUAAUGCUGCUUUAACAGGAAGAAAGCAGCCUUGAUUAGGUAACUUUCUAUGUCAUACAUAUAUAAAACAUAUUCAUAACCAUUUUAUUACAUACACAAAGCACAUUCAUAACCAUUUUAUUACAUAUAACAUGUAACGAGUAGAGUUGUUUUCUGUGUCCAGUUACACUGUUAACUGUUAAUACAGAAUGAUCUCCCCUUAUGCCAUGUAGUGUGUCCUCGUUCUUAUUAUUUAUUCAGUACUGUAUGUAUUUAUAUGUCGUGUGCAAUCAUAAUGCCAGGCUGUUGUGGAUGAUAGGACCCGCUGCUGUUUCACAGCUCUCAGAAACUACACGGCAAAACAGUUUUGAACAAGUUGUUUUGCACCUUCUUGUUAUGUAUAAAUUGCUUGGAACCUUAAUUUUAUCAGAUACAUUUAUUCAUGCUCUUAUAACGUUAAAUGACAUGUUUCUUCACAGUAAAUUAACUGUAUAAAGUAUUUAUGCAAUUAUACUGGUUUUUAAGUAUUUGUUAAUGUCAGCAAGUUUUGUUACUUGUUGCAUGCUUAUUAACACUGCUGACUUUUUGUGUCAGUGCUAUGUAUAUUUUUUUUUUGUUUGUUUGUUUGUUUUGAUUCAUAAGGCAUUAAUUAAUUACUUGUAGCCCUAAAAUAUCAUUAUAUGUACAGUAAUGAAAUAAAUACUGGAAAACUGAAGAGUGAAAUUUUGUACUAUAUAUGGGGAAAAAAUGUUUCCUUUUUUUGGUGGUCUUGUGCUAGACUGAUGCGUUACUACAGUAUCUAGCUUGCAAUCUGUGAUGGCUGAAUGUGUCAUUGUAGAUUGAUCUUCAGUACAAUAGCAAAAAAGUAGAAUAACCUAUAAAAAACAGUACAGUAUGUAACUAGAAUGCAAUAGUCUUGGUACUAAACUUUUUUUAAAUUAUUAUUUCAAUUAAAAACCUGCUGUUUACCACCAAGA